CAGAAAAAAACAGAAAAGUUCUUUUGUCGAGAGCUGUCUUCUUCAGUUGAGUCCUAUCCCAAUCCAUGGCUACAUUAUCCAGAAAAAAUAGCCUUCUCAUUUCCAUUCUCCAUUUCUCUCCAAUUUCAAUAUUCCGAACUUUCUUAUUCGUUCAUGUUGAUUGUUGUAUGCAAACUGACUUAUAUAUAUAUAGAACCAAGAAGCGGUAAGAGUGACUUCAGAUGCAAAGCAAAGAGCUCAAGUGGUGGAACUGUUGAGAAAUACAAACGUGAUGCCCUUUUUCUUGAUAAGCGUGGAAAAUGGCGAAGCUUUAAUCACAAAAAGUUGUCAAGGAAACGAUGUGGUUCUUUAAGGGGACAAGGAUGGAAAUAUGGUUCUGGGUUUGUUGAUGGGAUUUUCCCGGUGCUAAGUCCCAUUGCCCAGCAAAUAUUGAGCUUCAUACAGAAGGAAGUGGAUCCAAGUACUGUUUGGGCUGCUCUUGAUACUCUUCCUGCCACUCAUGAGACCUGGGAUGAUCUUAUUAAUGUCGUUGUUCAACUUCGACUGAAUAAACAAUGGGAUCUAAUUUUGUUGAUAUGUCAAUGGAUCUUGUACAGGAGCUCCUUCCAGUCAGAUGUCAUGAUAUUCAAUUUAGUCAUAGAUGCUUAUGGAAGAAAGUCACUGUACAAGAUGGCAGAAACCACAUAUUUUGAACUUAUUGAAGCCAGAUGCAUUCCUACUGAAGAUACUUAUGCCCUUCUUCUAAAAGCAUACUGCACGUCUGGAUUACUAGAAAAAGCUGAAGCAAUCUUUGCAGAGAUGCGAAAGUAUGGCCUUCCUCCAAGUGCAAUUGUAUACAAUGCUUAUAUUGAUGGGCUAAUGAAGGCUGGAAAUCCUCAAAGAGCAGUAGAGAUCUUUCAGCGAAUGAAAAGAGAUUGCUGUCAACCAUCUACUGAAACUUAUACAUUAUUAAUCAACUUACAUGGAAAGGCAAGUCAAUCCUACAUGGCACUAAAGUUAUUUAAUGAAAUGAGAAGUCAAAAGUGUAAACCAAACAUCUGCACGUAUACUGCUCUGGUGAAUGCAUUUGCAAGGGAGGGACUAUGUGAGAAGGCUGAGGAAAUUUUUGAGCAGCUGCAGGAAGAUGGCCAUGAACCGGAUGUGUAUGCUUAUAAUGCACUCAUGGAGGCAUACAGCCGUGCAGGUUUUCCUUAUGGAGCAGCUGAAAUAUUUUCACUCAUGCAGCACAUGGGUUGUGAACCAGAUAGAGCUUCAUACAACAUCAUGGUGGAUGCAUAUGGGAGAGGCGGCCUUCACGAGGAUGCGCAAGCUGUGUUUGAAGAGAUGAAAAGAUUAGGAAUAACCCCAACAAUGAAAUCCCAUAUGCUACUUUUAUCUGCAUACUCAAAAGCUGGAGAUGUAGCUAAAUGCGAAGACAUUGUGAACGAGUUGCAUGAAUCUGGUCUAGAACCUGACACUUUUGUUCUCAACAGUAUGCUGAACCUGUACGGACGGCUAGGCCAAUUCAGAAAAAUGGAGGAAGUUCUAACUGCAAUGGAAAGUGGACCUUAUGCAACAGAUAUAAGCACAUACAACAUCUUGAUCAAUAUAUAUGGGCGGGCAGGAUUCUUCGAGAAAAUGGAAGGCCUUUUUCAAUCACUUGCAGCAAAAAAUCUGAAACCAGAUGUGGUGACUUGGACUUCAAGAUUAGGAGCCUACUCUAGAAAGAAACUAUACACAAAAUGCUUGGAAAUUUUUGAAGAAAUGAUUGAUGCUGGAUGCCAUCCAGAUGGAAGAACUGCAAAAGUACUACUUUCGUCAUGUUCAAGCGAAGAUCAAAUCGAGCAGGUUACUACUGUAAUUAGAACAAUGCAUAAGAAUAUGGAAACUGUUUUGCCUGUCUGAUUGUUUCUUAUUCAGGCUAAACAGGAAAAGGGCAUCAAAUUUUUUUUUUUUAACUUUUGGACUAUAUAGUUUGUAAAUGUUAACUCCUACUCAUGAUAGAACUAUUAUAUUCAAUGUUGUGAAUAUAUAAUCUUGUUACUAGACA